CGGAAGUAUCGCCGUUGCUGCGGGUGCUUGAACACAGGCGAGCCAAGAUGGCAGAGUACCUGGCAUCCAUUUUUGGGACAGAGAAAGAUAAGGUCAACUGCUCUUUUUAUUUCAAAAUUGGUGCCUGCCGACAUGGCGACCGCUGCUCCAGAUUACACAAUAAACCGACAUUCAGCCAGACAAUUGCCCUCCUGAACAUUUACCGGAACCCUCAGAACAGUGCCCAGUCUGCUGAUGGGCUGACCUGUGCCAUCAGUGACAUGGAGAUGCAGGAGCACUAUGAUGAGUUUUUUGAGGAGGUCUUCACAGAGAUGGAAGAAAAGUAUGGCGAGGUGGAGGAGAUGAACGUAUGUGACAACCUCGGGGACCAUCUAGUGGGAAAUGUGUAUGUGAAGUUCCGUUAUGAGGAGGACGCUGAGAAGGCCGUGAUAGACCUGAAUAACCGGUGGUUUAAUGGACAGCCAAUCCAUGCUGAGCUCUCCCCCGUCACAGACUUCAGAGAAGCCUGCUGUCGCCAAUAUGAGAUGGGGGAAUGCACUCGUGGUGGCUUCUGUAACUUCAUGCAUCUGAAGCCCAUCUCACGUGAACUGAGGAGAGAGCUCUAUGGGCGUCGGAGGAAGAGCCGCCACAGGUCCCGGUCUCGAUCGAGAGAGAGGCGAUCUCGCUCGAGGGACAGAGGUCGAGGAGGUGGAGGUGGAGGUGGAGGUGGAGGUGGAGGUGGCCGUGACCACGAGAGACGUCGCUCCCGAGACAGAGAGCGUUCAGGACGGUUCUGAACCACAAGCCAUGACUACUUGUCCUUCCCUCCCUCCCGGUAUCCAUCCCCAGUCUUUUUUUUUUUUUUUUAAGUUUGUACCCUUCCAGGUCUAUUCAAGGACUGACUGAGAGGUACCUGAUUUUGAAGCUGUGACAGCAUUGAUGAACUUGUCUGUUCUUGAUUUCUGAAAAUGACUUUCACCUCAUUAAAUUUAACAUUUUUACUUAA